AUGCCAGAACCAGGCAAUGCAUUGGCAGGUCCGUUGACCAAGGACGCCAACAAGUCAAACAAGUCAAACAAGCCAAACAAGCGCAAGGCGGUCAACAAAGAGGCUUGGGGGGUGGGCCAGGCUUUGCCUCAAAAGAAGCUGGCAACCUCAUCGUCAAAGAAUCCGCAAUCAAAGCCAAAUGAGGGUGAGGUAGAGGUCAUCAAUCUCAUAUUGGAUGAUGAGGACCUGUUCAUCACCAACUACAUGGCGCGGAAGUCGGAGGACAACAUGGCAACCAUUGCGUUUAUGGACCAUAAGCGCAAGAUCCAGCGUCUUGAAAGCCAGUUGGAGACCGCAAACGCAAGGAUCUGCAAGUUGGAAAUCCAGUUCAUCAAGCUCAAGCAGGACGCCAAGGUACAGCAGCUUGUCGCUGCCAAGGUUGCAAAGAUCAAGCUCAAACAUCAGCGCCAGCAUACUCACCAUCACGCCAACCUGUUUGACUCAGCGCACCCUUUUGACAAUCCUCCCCCUGACAACAAUAUGAUGUUUGACAUGCAGCGCAUGCAUUAG